UAGAAAAAUGGUUCGUAAAUUAAAAUAUCAUGAAAAGAAACUUCUCAAAAAAGUUGAUUUUAUUCAUUGGCCAGAGGUGGAUAAUAGCUUACAUGAAAAUAAAAUAAUGAGAAGAUAUCAUGUUGAGAAGAGAGAACAUUACACAAUUUAUAAUAAAUUAUCUAGAGAGGUGAGAGAAAUUGCUAAAAGAAUUCGGGAUUUGGAUGACAAAAAUCCAAAUAAAUUAAUAUUUGCUCGUCGUUUACUUGGAAAAUUAUAUGAUAUGGGCCUUAUUGAAACGGCAGAUACUUUGGAACGUUGUGAAGGUGUAACAGCUUCAUCCUUUUGCAGAAGACGUUUGCCUGUUGUUUUAUAUAAAGCAGAAAUGGCAACGACGAUCCAAAAAGCUAGUCAAUUUGUUGAACAGGGCCAUAUCCGUGUUGGAAUUGAAUUAGUUACUGAUCCUGCUUUUCUUGUUACUCGUACACAAUCUGAUCAAAUAACUUGGGCAAGAGAUUCGAAAAUUAAGAAACAUGUUAAGUUAUAUAAUAAUGAAAGAGAUGAUUUUGAAGAUGAAUGUUGAAAGUUUGUUUUUUUAUUUUGUUUUUUUAAUUGAACUUUUAAAGAAUUCUUUUUAAAUUAAAAGGUUAGUCUGACAUUUUCGAGAAUUUUUAUUUUUAUGUCUUAAACUUUUCGAGAAGUUUAGGACAAGUCUAUGUCCUAAACGCCAUUGUUACAUAAAGAUAAAUUUGGCUCUAUAUGAAAUUAGGUUUGGAAUUGUUUUUUUCCAUUACUUUUUUCCUCACUUG